AUGAGUGCAAAAGAUGCCAAGAGAGUGAAGGUUGAACUGUACAUGGAAGCUGCUUGUCCAGGGUGCCAGUUUUUCACAACUCAUGUUCUCUCACCAGUGCUGCAAGAGCCUGGCAUGGCGGACAUCAUUGACUUGAGGGUCAUUCCGGCUGGGAACGCAGAGAUCAAGGACGACGAAGUCACUCAAGAGGAAUCCAUUGAAUGUCAGCAUGGAGAGGCAGAAUGUGAAGGCAACAAGAUCCUUGCAUGCCUGGAGAAGCAGUACGGAAAUACUGCUCUCUUUAUGCCGACGAUGUCCUGCAUCGAAGAGCACGCAUCCGUGAUUGACUCUCCUUUCAAUUUCUUGUCCAACAUUACAGCCACGGAAAUGAUUCGUAACAAUGCUGAAAUCUGCAUGAAAAAACACGAAAUUGACGUGCAAGCCAUCAACCAAUGCUCUGACAGCGAUCAAGGCACUUCUAUGCUCAGAGCUGCUAUCCAGGAGACUCAAGAUUUGAAGCCCAAGUUGGAGUAUGCUCCCUGGGUGGUAGUGGAUGGUGCCCCGCUGAAAGAAGAUGCGUACAGUUUGAAGGAAUACAUAUGCAAGGCUUACCUGGGACCUCAGCCUGAAGCUUGUGAUCCCUUGAGGUUGAAGGAUUACUUUCCCGUUCACCAGCUAGCCAGUCGUGCUGCGAAGACGAGGAGUAUGUCGGGCUCUCAAGCGCGCAAGGACAUCGACUCUUACUUCAAUCGUCUUGACAGGCGAAUCCGGCGCUCAAGCACGGAGCAUUCUCGCAAGAGGUCUGCCACCCUCCAGUCGCUUUCGACCAGCCGACUUCCUCGUUUCCAGUUCUGCAGCAAGUAA